GCGCGCUGGACCCGUCCAUACAGCAGAGAGCAGCAGCGCAUCCAUCCUGCCGUGGAGCCGGGAGCGUGGAGCCGCGAGAAGCGCACAGAGAAAGAGAGAGAGAGAGAGAGAGAGAGAGAGAGAGAGAGAGAGAGAGAGCGACAGAAGAUGGACGGAGUGGGAUCGUUCGGAGCUGGCCGGGCCGGGUCCACUAUCGACCCGAUUGCCUUCGCCAAACAGCCGCAGACCAUCCUCAGAGUGCUGUCCUGGAUAUUUUCCCUGGUGGUCUUCGCCUCCAUCGUGAACGAGGGUUAUGUCAACAUGGGCAGCGAGCGUCUCCACUGCGUCUUCAAUAAGAACGCAGACGCGUGCAACUACGGCGUGUUCGUGGGCCUGGUGGGCUUGAUGGCGUGCUCCUUCUUCUUCCUGCUCGACUACAAGUUCUCCUCCAUCAGCUCCGUCAAAGACAGGAAGAAGGCUAUAAUGCUUGAGAUCGGCUUCUCGGGCUUCUGGGCCUUCCUGUACUUUGUAAGUUUCUGCUUCCUGGCCAAUCAGUGGUCUCGAACCACGGCUGAUGAGCUGCCACUCAACCAGGGGGCAGAUGCAGCCCGGGCUGCAAUCGCCUUCUCUUUCUUCUCCAUAAUCACCUGGGCUGGUUUAACAGUGCGUGCGGUCCAGAAGUAUCUGCUCGGCACAGACAUGACUCUGUUCACCACGGAGCACAUGGAUGGCGGCGCGCCCACCCAGCCGUACCCCUCCAACUCACCGGUUGGCGGCACCACUGAGACCACAGAGACCUACCAGAGCCCACCAUUCACCGAGAACAACGCAGCACCCACAUACCAGGUUCCCAUUUACUAGAUAAGAUAGACCUGAUGGUGGACGAAUAAGGUCCCAGAGAUGGGUAAGAGGAAAGUGAUAGAAAAUUGCUUUCUGUGAUGUUACACCUGCAGUUGUUUAUGUGUUGAUCUGGGCGGAGUUUUCAACAAUUGUUUCAAGAAAAAAACAAAAAAGAACUGCCUCUUCUUUUUGUUCCCUCCUCUUGUUCCCUUUACCUUCCUUAACAUUCCAGCUUUAUCUUUAUCUUUUCUCGACCUGUAUGUUAAAUUCAAUUCCCUGCUUUCGCAAAUCCAGUGUUCCUCGGAUCAGAACAGAUGAAAGAAAAAGGAAACAAAAGGAGGAAAUGUAAAAAGAGGAGGCCACUUUGCAGUAUUUAAACACUAUGUUGACAACCAAACAGAUGAAGGGAUCAACAAGCGAGCGACUCCACCACAAAGCAGUAUCGGCAAACAAAUAGUGCAGAGGGCACUCGCAUACAGCACCUUCAUCUUGUUCUUUCUAUUCAUCGAAGUGUCAAAAUCCCCUUUCAUGCCAGGGAAUUUUUUUUUUUUAGCUACAGUACGGUCUAGUCGUUCCUCCCACUUUCCCUGCUGCAGUUAAAAGUGACCAUGUGUGUUGAAUCUGCAUGUUUCUUAACUUAGAGAUCAACUAAGUGCCAUACUGUACUGUGUGUCUCAGACAGUGACUUAAUUUAGUAGAUUUCCACAUGCUGUAAAAAAAACAACGUUUUUGUGACUAAGUGCAAUAUCUCACACGUAGGUCUCUAGGUAGGUAGAUACCGUCCUGUAGGUAGGUUAGUUAGCGUCAGAUAAGACCAGUUGAGGCACUGUCUCAAAUAACAUACUAGUCUUUGAAUUGUACUUACAAAUCUCAGGCAAAUGUCCACAUUAUAAUCGUUGAUCUGACGUUGAUUCCGCUUCCCUGCAAAGUUUGCAAGAUACGGAAAUGAUAUCUGAAUCUGACAGAUCCUGAGAGAACUUUUCAUCCACAAAAAACUUGUUGACAAUUUGAAUAGAUUUAGUAUCGGUCAACAAGCUGUUACGUCAUCUUUUCAAGCAUUUAUGGUCUUCCUCGGUGUAGUGCAAUCAUUACUUUAAACACAUUUUUAGGAGGAAAACCGUGUCAAAUAUGCCAAAUAUUCCUUGAGUAUUUGUAUACGAGGGUCAUUUUUCCAGGUUUAUCACUCUUAAGAUUCACUGGGGAAACCCUUAUCACUUUUCAGUCUGUUUUUUUUUUUAUCUCUGUGCCAGGCAUGGAUGGAUUAUUGAGUGGGCCUUUUGCGGCACAGGCCCGAGGGGUCAGGGGGCCCCCUGGACCAGAGCCUCUUUCUGAAGUGAUUUUUAAAUAUUUAUUGUUGGAAAGUCGAUCAAACGACUACAAGGACACACAAAACGACCACAAAGAAGAGGGCAAAAGAGCCGCAAAGAGACACAAACAGCUACAAAGAGACACACAAUGGCCGCAAAGAGAUGCAAAAAAGAAACUAUAAAGCGACACAAAAUGACUAUAAAGAGACUUAAAACUACAUAGAGACAAAAAAAAAAAAAA